AUGAAGCCUUUAAGCAAAAUCUUUGCUUUAACAAUUGCACUGAGGUAUGCCUCUUCGCUCAACAAGGAGGCAAAAUGUCACAGACCUCUUAUGAGCAAGUAUGUGAAAUAUUACCUGAAAUCGUACUUGACUAAGAGUGAACAUACUUUACUGAGACAUUCUUGUUCUGCUCAGACCAUUUCCGACAUGGAUUUAAAAGCCGGUGUUUAUUACAGACUAGCAAUUUUCAAGAUAUGCUGGCAAGGGUACGUUUAG